AUGUUCGCGAUUCUCCGUGGCAGACGACUCAGGCUCCAACCGGAGUUCUCUAUUUUGGCCUCCCGUCAAAUUAGGGCUUUUGAACUUGAGGUCUUUUCCAGGCCGUUCACCACCGGGAGACCACCGCCAGCUGUUCGUGAAAAUGACUCUGAGAAAUCCUUCACCUUUUCUUACCUCGUAAGCUCAUGCGAGUUGACCCCAGAUGCCGCCGUCCGCGCUUCCAGUAAACUCCAGCUGAAAUCGCCUGAAAAACCAGACGCGGUCUUGAAUCUCCUCAGAGAGUACGGAUUCACGGCCGCCGACAUCUCUAUAAUGGUCACCCGGUGGCCGAACGUUCUCUCUGCCUGCCCAGACAAAACCCUUUGGCCCAAGCUCGAGUUUUUCGCCUCCAUUGGCGUCCCCCUCCCCAUCCUGGCCAGCAGCCUGUCCCGGAACCCUUUGAUUUUAUAUCGCAGCCUUGAGAACUCGAUCAUCCCCUUAUACGAUUUCCUGAAAAACCUGUUCAGGUCGAAUGAGGGUGCCGUUCAAGUCUUUAAACAGGCUCCCCAGUUCUUCCGCUGGGGCCGGGUGGACGUCCUCUCGUCCAACCUCUCGUUUCUUGUGGACUGCGGUGUCCCUUGGCCAUCUCUCGUGUCACUGUUCACGUACCAGCCAACAAUGCUCAUGGUUCCUCAGGAGAAGUUAUCCUUGUGCGUGGGUAGAGCAAUAGAAAUGGGGUUUGACGUCACCAAUAAUGCAUUUUUGAUGGCCAUUCGGGUUUUGGGUUUUGAGGAGUCGAUUCUCAAGCACAAGAUGGAGGUUUAUAGAAAGUGUGGCUGGUCGGAAUCUGACAUCAGGACCGCCUUUCUGAGUUUUCCGCUCUGUAUGGCCUUGUCCGAGAAAAAGAUUCUGGAGAGUAUGGGUUUUCUUGUUGAUAAAUUAGGGUGUGCACCAGGUGACGUCGCUCGGUGCCCUUUGCUUCUUAAUUACAGCGUCGAAAAGAGAAUGAAGCCAAGGUGGGCGGUUGCUAAGGUUUUGAGUGAGAAGGGACUGAAGAAUGCGGCUGUCACGUCCUUGCUGACAGUGUCCGAGAAGAUUUUCUUGAAGACCUAUAUCGAGGGGUACAAGAAGGAUGUUCCUGAACUUCUAGACAUCUAUCGAGGCGACAAAUCGUUUUACGAUGGCUCGCCGGUCUUUGAUGAAGAAUCCCAGAAUUUUGACCUCGACGCAGGUGAUUUCUACGAUGGUUCGCUGAUCUUUGAUGAAGAGGUUCCAUUGAUGGAGAAACAUCUUUGCGGGGACAUGAAGAGGAUAUCUUUCGUUCUUAGUAUUGGAGCAUUUGACGCGGUGAACUUUGGACCAUAA